AUGCGCCGAACUGUAAGAGAUAAUUUGGGUUGGAAAAUUAGACUAGGAAACGAGGCUUCAACAAAGGAAAUCUUUAGUACCAUUUUGAGGCAAAAAGAAUUUGAAAAUAACAUUGCUUUAUAUGAUUUAUCUAAGAUAAAUAGUCUUGUAGAAAGGUGGCAUCAAAAACUUCCUCUCAUUAGACCAUUUUAUGCUGUAAAAUCCAACCCUGACCCAGAAAUGAUGCUAAGAAUGGCAUCUUUAGGCCUUGGAUUUGAUUGUGCAAGCAAAAACGAGCUCGAAUUUGCUCAAAACACUAACGUAAAUUUUGAAACUGAUGUAAUUUGUGCACAGCCAUUCAAAUCUCAAAGAGACCUUAGAGCGAUUUCGAAUUUAGGUGUGAAAUAUAGGCUUUUCCCCUAGAUAGCCCUGUAAGGGCUGUGGUUCUGGGCGGAAUCUUUCAGUUGGUCUGACCAACUCACUUGUGGUUCCACCAACCAAAGGAUUCCACAGCCCUUACAGGGCUAUCUAGGGGAAACCCCUAUAUACAACUUUUGACUGUGUUGAAGAAUUGCAAAAGAUUUCUAAUUUUGGACUGAAAAAUCUAAAAAUGAUACUAAGAAUCCAAGCUGGUGAUGAAGAGUCAGCAUCUCAGUAUAACCAAAAAUUCGGCGCAUUAUCAAGCGAAUAUGAUAAUAUUUUUGAAUUCGCAAUCGAAUUAGGAAUGAAUAUAGUUGGAAUCAGCUUUUAUGUAGGGCAUUCCAUGAAAAAUACGAUAGCUUACUAUCAUGCUAUCAAAAAAGCAAGUGAAGCCUGAAAAAUUGCAGAAAAUUAUGGAUUUGCUAUGGAAAUUUUAGACGUAGGAGGAGGUUUUAAUGAAAAAUAUUUCGACAGAGCUGCAAAUGAUAUAAACCGCGGAAUUUCUGAGUUUUUUAGAGAAAAAAAUAUAAAAAUAAUUGCUGAGCCUGGGAAAUAUUUAUCAGCCUCAGUUGUUUCCAGCUGCUUUACCGUCGUAGGUAAAAGAAGCAGAGUUAUAAAUGGAGAAACUCAUAUAGAUUAUAUUUUAUCUGACGGAGUUGAAGGAACUUUAAGAUUUUUGCCUUACGCAGACGAUAAUUUGCCAGUACCAAUUUAUAUGGGAGACCCCGAAAAUCCCCCAAAAUUUCAUUCGACGUUUUUUGGUCCUACUUGUUCCGGAGAUGAUAGGAUUUAUGACCAUGAUUUUCCAUCAGUCGAUAUAGGUGAUAAAAUAUGCUUUGAUGUAAUGGGGUCAUAUAGUGUUUCUUGGGGAACGAAUUUUAAUAGUAUUCCGAUGAUUACUCAUACGAAGCUUUAUAUUGACGAGGAUAUGGAUAAUUAA